AUGGAUUCCAUUGAAACCUUUGACACGCAGCCCAGGGAUGUGAUAACCAACGUGACCUUCGGCAACAAAACAAAUUUACUGGCCGUUUCGGCCUGGGACCAGACAAUCAAGUUCUACGAUCCCACUCAGGACAGGAAGAAGCAGUUUCUGCACAACCUGGAGCUGGAAUCUCCGGUGAUGGACUUCGUGUUCUUCGAGGACGACAGGAAGAUGGCACUCGCCCACCUGAACAAGGAGGUUGCAGUUUUGGACGUUGAAACGAAGAGUGCGUUCACCGUCGGAAGGCACAACGAGCCUGUGCGGUGUGUGAGAUACCAUGAGCCCACAAAUACCAUUAUCACGGGAGGGUGGGACAAGAGAGUCAAGGUGUUCGAUAUGCGAAGCUCAAACUUGAAGCCAGUGGCGGAUGUUGAAAUAUACGGAAAGGCAUACUGUAUGGAUUUGUCAAAAGAUCACCUGGUGGUCGGAGAUUCAAUGAAGAGAGUUUACGUAUAUGAUUUGUCCAAUGGGUUUAGCGGCUUCGCCAAUCCAGAAACAAAGGACGGAGUCCUCAAGUUCCAGGUGCGAUGCGUGAAGUGCUUUCCCGAGGGAACUGGCUACGUUCUGAGCUCCAUAGAGGGACGCGUUGCUUGGGAGUACUUCCCCAAGUACGUAUCGUCUGAAUCGCAGCAUUACGCCUUUAAGUGCCACCGUGCCAAGAAUGGCGAGACUGACGUGGCCUAUCCAGUCAACUGCAUUGAGUUCCAUCCAAACUUUGGCACGUUUGUCACGGGAGGUGCCGAUGGUCUCAUCUGCGGCUGGGACGGCCUCGCCCGCAAACGUUUGUGGAAGAGCAGUAAGUUCAAGGGCACCGUUGCCUCAGUGAGCUUCAACCACCUGGGAAACAAACUGGCCAUUGGGAUUUCAGAUGUUUUUCAACUUAAUCCUUACCAGGCCCAGUCACCCAGUCUCCACGUAAAAAACCUCAAAGAGGAGUUUAAGCCUCGCUCUAAGGGCACCUAG